CGUGACCUUGUUGGGGGUCACCGUCAAUGGAGAAAGGACACGAGUCGCCUUGCUUCUACUGAUAAACUGUGCACCGGUGGGUAACUUUAGUAAGAGAACAUUCUUUCGGCAUGCACCAAUUUCUCUCUCUGCUCAGUUUGUUACACUGCACGGCCUCUGCACGACUGCACAUAUACAUACAGUAUACAUACACCACCAAAUCUCUCUCUCUCUCUCUCUCUCUCUCGGUAGUGUGUGUGUAUAUAUAUAUAUAGUGGUGUUGCGCAGCUAUGGCUCUCAAAUUUCUCAAACAAUCGGAAAAAAAUGUUUUACUCUCACCAGCUUCUAGCUCGAAAAGCUCCGCUCGGCCAAAUAUGGAUGGCUGCAACGAUGCAUGCAAAAAUCCAUCGGAGAAAGCUAGACAAGCUUAACAUUAUCAAGAUCUGUGAAGAGAUAUUGAAUCCCUCGGUUCCCAUGGCUCUCAGACUUUCCGGAAUUCUCAUGGGUGGAGUUGUAAUUGUUUAUGAAAGAAAAGUGAAACUCCUCUACGAUGAUGUUAAUCGUCUGCUGGUGGAGAUAAAUGAAGCUUGGAAAGUUAAGUCUGAUCCAUCAGAUCCAACUAGACUUCCCAAGGGCAAAUCUCAAGCCAAAUAUGAAUCUAUUACACUGCCACCUAAUCGCAACGAAGACUUGGGGGAGAUUGAAGAGUCUGUGCCAUAUUCUAAGGGAACUGUCAUGAUGGAUUUUCAACAGACCUCAUAUAUUGCCAUGAGGUUGGAUACUGUGGAUGACACCUAUUUAAAUCCAAACCUUGAGGGUGAUUUAAAUCAUGACUACCAUCAAGCUGAUGCUGACAAUAUUACCUUGGUUGAUAAUUAUGAUUCAUUCCGGGCUGAUACCACUACAUUCAAUCGCUUUGAAAGGUUUGAUAUUGAAGGGGAUGAUGGGACACAAAUGAAUUACACUCCGCCUGAACAGACUGAGAUCCCUAGUCUCAUACCGUCGCCACCUCGUCAAGAGGAGCACCAAAAAUAUGAUGAAAUCCAGGAACAACAUCCCGAAGAACAAGUCAAGCAGCAGUCUAAUGAAGCCGAGGAAGCUAAACUGGAACAAGUGAGGCGAAAGCUUGCUCGAAAAAGAACAAAAACACCUGCAGCUUUAGCAAUGGACUAUGAACAAAAUAUCAUUCCUGGUCAUAUUUAUCAAUCUUGGCUGCAGGAUACUUCUGACAUCAUGUCAAACAGAAGAGGGAAAAGAAAGCCCAAGGAUGCUUGGUCCGUGUUGAAGAUAUCAACUAAAAUGGAACUUCCUUCUGUUGUGCUGAUGGAGAAGUUAAUUGCUAUUGGAAAUGGACGAAUCGAAUAUCCAGCACCCCUUUUGGAUAUGUGGAAGAAAUGUACCCGACUUCCACACGAUUCACCAUCUGUUCGAUCCGCUGAGCGUCAGCCACAAGAACCAUCAUCAUCAUCUCCACCAGAAAGAAUGCAUUUUAUGGAACCCAUGGGAGAUCCUUUCGAAGAAUUCCAGAGUAGAGUUGACUCCUUAUCAAUGGGAGUUUCAAUUGAGAAGCAGAGAGCAAAUACACACAACAAUGAGAUGCCACCAGAGAUCUUGAUGAAGGAGUUGAGGAACAACCUUAGAAACAAUGGCUUAGGAUCGAAAGAGGUCAAUGGAGUGAGUGACUCUAAAACCAAUCUGAUGGCUACCCCGGGAAAUUCUGAUGAUGAAAUUAGGUCAAUCCCCAGCUCAGGAUCUGGACAUGGUUUUUUCUCGCACAACUCAGAAGUCAACGCAGGAUUGUCCGGCAAAAAGAGACCCUAUUCUGCUUCUAAGAACAGCGGAAACGGCCUCGAGCCAGUGGCGGAGGAGCUUUCAUGGCAGCAUUCAGAUCCAAGCUUUAAGUUAGCUAAAUUAUCCAAAAAAGGGCCAACACCAGAUCAUGAUCUUAUGGUGGAAACUGGACCGACACAAACGCAAAAGCGUCCGGUCACAAAUCAGCCACUUGAUCCCAUAACAGAUUCUAUCAGAAUGCACUUGAAGACGCACUUCGAAACACCAGGAUCUGCAAAAGAAGAAUCUCUAAACCAACUGGCUUUCGGGAUGAACAAAAAGAGAGCAGCAUCGCUAUUCUACCAGACCUGCGUUCUUGCUACACGAGACUGCAUAAAAGUCGAACAAAGGCUACCGUACGGCGAUAUACUAAUCUCCCAAGGUGCGAAGAUGUGAAAGAGAAACAGAGUUAAUGCAUAUAUUACAGAGUAAUCCCUUCUUUAGAAGUUAAUCAUUUUCAAAUUUUCAGUAAUUGAACUCCCAUUAUAUAGGAUUCCAAGCUAAUAUUAUUUGUUACUCUGACUUGUGAUUUGAAUUUAGUUCUAAUAUAUGGAGGUACCAAAGUCUAAUUAAUAUUCGUGUAAAUAAAAUGAUGUAGUUAAAUUGUGUGGUGUGACAUUAGAUUGGGUACUAGAGCUAAUGCAUUUAGUACAAUAGAGUUAUAGACGUCUCGACAAACCAUAACCAUUAGA